AUGUCCCUCAUCCUGCAACCAGUCACAGAAAGCGAUAUUCCAUCCCUCUCAGAACUCUGGUACAAAUCCUUUAGUAUACCCAUCAACCUCCUCAUGUUCCCAAACACACCAGGCAUCCGAGCAUGGUGGAACGAAGCCAACGGGCACGAUCUGCUCCACAACCCGCAUCGAAAAUACCUCAAAGUUGUCGAUCCCGUGCCCGUGCCUGGUGCCGUGGUUGCAUACGCUAAAUGGGACCUGGACCCACAGCAUAGUGGCGCGCGUUUUCCCGAGUGGCAUACGGAGUCCGAUCGGGAGACUUGUGAUCAGGUUUUUACUGUUUUAGACAAAGAGAAGAAAGAAUUUUUUGGGGAGCGGAGAUUUUACUAUUUGGACAUGCUGGUUGUGGAUCCGGCGUAUAGGGGACGGGGCGCAGCUGCGAUGUUAAUUCAGUGGGGCUGUGAGCUUGCGGAUCAGGAAGGUGUUCCUGUGUAUCUGGAUGCGCACAUUGAUGCUGCUCCGAUGUAUCGGAGGUUCGGGUUCAAAGAUCGCGAUAAGGUGGUCACUUCUGAAGGGGCAGUUUCGAUGAUUCGAGAGCCUGGGACUAAGUAG